ACUGCGUCAACUCUAUCCGAAUAUCGACAUAUUGGUGCUACUAAUUUAAACUGAAACCAUCAGAGUAAUUUUAAACGAAGUGAAACAACAAACUUUCGGAAAAAAAACUAAAUUAAAAAAAAAAAUUAACUAACCGAAAAAAAAAUUUACAGUUCACGUAAAACUACGCGAUAAACAAAUUUAGAAACGCACAAGACGAAGAAAAGAUGAGUUGAUGUGUAAGUUUUUGGACACGUAGAAUUUCGAUGUUUUAUAUGUAGAUAAAAAUUGAAAACUUUUUUGAAUGUAUAAACCUAGAGGCUGUUCGCUUAUAAUUUGGGGCCAAAUAUAGAACAAAUUCUAAAAAAUAUAGUGAGAUGUGUUUAGUUUAGUCCUAGAGCAGAUAGAAACGUAUUCGUUUAAACAGGAAUCGUCGCUAAGUUCCUUCUAGAAUGAACCCACGCAGAGAAACAUUGGACCAUACAGGAUACCUUGGGAACUCUCGAGUUGUUCUUAACCAUUUUGAUGCAUCCACACAAGCAGACAUACACCACGUGGCCCUAACCUACGAAUCCGAAGACGAAAUUAUGGCCAGGAUUCGCAACAAGGACAAACAACGUGGUGGGACGCCCCACUACAGCAAACAAGACAUCAGGGAACAAUACUGCAUAUCGGAGAGGGGUCUCGGCGCCCUGGAGUCCGACCGUCAGAGCCUUUUCGGCUGUCUGUCGUCCCACCAGAGUUCACCCUGCUCCAACAGGGCCUCCUUCCUUACCGCCUGUGUUCGCCAAAAGGUCCCAUCGGACGAGAACCUCUACGAGCUCUACAAGAGGCAUCCGAAUGAGUACGCACCGUAUCCAAAAAAAGCUGCCAGACGAUACAACCCUCAUUUCACAUGGUACCACGAUUAA